GAGAAGGAGGUGGUCGCGAGAGGAGAUGCUCUCGCUGUAUCUUGGAAUCAUUUCUCGGUUGGAGGGGUCGCGGCGCUCGCAUCCGAGACGGAUUCUUACAUCUCCAUCUUUUAAACUACACUGACGGACCGUUGGACUCGUGCCAGAAUGUGACUGCCAUGGCCUGUCUCGGUUUGGAUCCUUCCGGUCUUUAGAUAGAAAACCCAAUCCAGGUUUCUAUAGCAACAGAAAUAACUGACGGUCGCAAAAGUACGGCUUCCGCAAUGCACUCCUCCCGCGCCGCGCUGCCCCUGAGGCCUCGACGAUUCGACACAAGCAGAAGAACCAACACCAGCGUGGAACCGAAGCCCCAUGGCCCGGCUUUCCGGAGGGAAGAUAAAAACAUGAACACCCUCUCCACCUCCUCGCCACGUCGACCUACCAAAGUGCCCCCAGAGUCUUCCAGGGUGAAGGUGGGGGCCCAGGCACGUGGGCCUGUGGUUCAGUCUAGACUGGGCCUACAGAAGCAGACCUCCGGCCCUGCCACCAAACCCAAACCCAAGAGCAUCCGUGCGGCAGCAGUGUCUAACGUAGCUCCUCCUCCUCCUCCUCUUCCUGUCCUGGAUCCUAACUGUAACGAGCCCAGCCUGCCGUGUCUAUGCUGUGAUGGGCGCUCUCCACAGGACAACAACAGCAUGUUCAACCACAACCACAACAACAACAACACGGUCUCUAUCAGACAUCAACUCAAACUCCAGCCUCCUCCUCCACCCCCACCACUGAGGCAGGAGGGGUCAGGGGUCAAGGCCCAAGCCCAGCCCCAGGCCAGUCCCGCCCAGCCCCAGCCACUUGACGCCUCCUCCCCCCUUGCUGCUCUGGAACUGGAGGUACAGAAAGUAAAGGAGAGCUCGAACGUGGACAACAAGAAGGAGGAGGAGGAGGAGGAGGGAAGCAGCGUGGAUGUUGAUAUCGAGGUUGAUGUGGACGAAGAUGACGAUGAAGAGGAGGGAGUUGAUGAUGAAGAUGACGAUGACACGCUUGUCCCCUCGUGCUGUGACUGUCCUCCCUCCCUCUUAGACUUCUCUCUCUCCUCCUCCACCUCUUCCUCCUCCACCUCCAUCAGCUCCUGCUCCGAUCUGGACCUGGACUGCGCGGAUCUCUCCAUGUCUCUCUCCUGUUCCCAGACGCACUCUGAUCUCUCUAUUGCCCUCUCACCCCAGGAUCAUGCGUUUGCUCAGGCUCCUGAAUGCUACCCUCCUUCUAGUUCGCCCCCCACCCUGCCUCUUCAGGUCUCCGACCCCUCCUCUCUCUGCUCUGCGUCGCGUUCCCCCCCUCCCCUCUGCUCCCCCGACGAGGGGUACCCCUCUGCCCCUGCCUCCCCUUCGUCCGACUACCUGGGAAUCAAAGGCCAGGCAGGGCAUCUGGGUUCAGGGGUCAGUAAACUGGGCCUCAUGGACUUCCUGGAAUCGAUGGGAGAGUUCGGAAAGAUGGAACGCUUCAGUCAGGUGAUCCAGGUGGCUCGCUGGGACCUGGAUGGGGAUCCCUCGGGAGAGCUGCUGAGGGAUCGACUGGAUCACCUGGAUGGUCUGGAGAAGGUCAACAGACAGGUUAAGCUGGCCCACAUUACCAGGCUCCACGAGAAGGGUCUGGAUCUGGCCGAUCUGGGAGAGGCGGAUUUCUCCGAUGUUUUGGAUGAGAUGGGGAACGUCGACAUUCCCUGGAAGCUGUACAAAAGACAGUCGUUGGGAGAUUCCCAGGAGUUCUCUGAUGCUGGUGUGGACCUCACAGCCCCUUCAGACUCCGAGGAGACCCUGGCUUCAGACUCUCUGACUCCGUCUCCCGUGGAGCCUCCGCCUAGACCUCCCAAACCACCCGCCCGCCACGCCAGCGUGAACUCUGACCUCCACACCUACAUCAACAUCAGCCGAGAGCCCUCCUCCAUCUGCACCUCACCCAGCCCCAUCCUCUCCACCUUCUCCCCAACCUCCCCCUCGUUCUCCACCUUCAGGUGUGAGAAACCCCUGCCCCCGUCUCCUCCAUCCAUUCCUCCUCUCCCGGUCUCUCAGCCCAUCCCUUACUUCUCCCUCUACGCUGGCCCUCCUCCCCCAUCCAUUCCCUCCCUCCUCCCCCCCAUCCCUCCGCCUCGGAGGCGACACCUCGCCCGCAAGGAGGCGCAGAGGCUGGCCGCUCUCCAAGCGGAACAGGAAAAGACCCCCUUCUGCCUACCCCCCCCCACCUCGCGUCCCCCUCCUCUCCCCCCUCACCCAGUCAUCUCCAUCUCCACCUCCUCCCCCCCUGCCGUCCCCCCCCCACCAGCCCUGCCUCCUCCUCCCUCCUUCCAUGCCUUGGAUGUAGAGAUCCGGAAGCUUCUGAUGCUGGCUGGACUGACCCAAGCAGAGCUUCAGAAGCUGAGUCCAGAGCUGGGGGUCUGUGUUGGGGGACUGGAGGAGCAGGGAGAGGGUGUGAACCUCCACCUGAGCAGACCUGAAGAGCCACAGGAACGAGGGACUCGUAGAAGGGAGGACAGAAAGGGGGAGGAGGAAUAUGAUAUAGAAGGGAUGACUUUGGAUGGAUGGAGAGAUGGAGGAAAGUUAGAUGUGGAAAGGCAUAGAGGGAUGGACGCACUCGGAGAAGCAGAAGAAGAAGAAGCCAAGAAGGAGGAGAGCAGGAGUCCACUGAGGACCACCUCCUUUACCGAGAUGGCGAAGAGAAGGAACAGAAGAAGUGGGUUCGGGGCCCCUGAACCCUCCUACAGCACUGGCCUCAGCAAAACUGCUGAUAAGAAAGCUACAAACAUGACCUUUGGGACUUUCAGUUACUCCCCUGUGUUCUCGGAUCCCCCUCCCCCUCCUCCUCCACGACCUUUACCCCCAGUCCCCCCCACCCUGCCUCCUAUCAAAGUCUGCACCCUCACUGCCAACUCCUUCAGACCUGACCGAUUUGAUUGGCUGAUGGCGUUUUCACCCGACGGGGAAACGCCACCACUGCCCCCGAGAAAACAUGAGCUGGUGAAUCCACCGAAGACGACAACCUCCCCGAAGACAACAACCUCCCCGAAGACAACAACCUCCCCGAAGACAACAACCUCCCCGAAGACAACAACCUCCCCGAAGACAACAACCUCCCCUAAGACAACAACCUCCCCGAAGACGACAUCCUCUUCAGGGUCUACCUCAGGGAGGGGGUCAGGGUCUGGGUCAGGGUCAGGGUCUGGGUCAAAUGUGACAACCUUCAAGGAGCUGCGUAACCGUAGCAAGACCAGCUUCCCCGCCACUCAGAUAAUAACCGACCCAGACCCCGACCCCAACAUUGUCACCCCUGACCCUGACAUACUCUACAACCUCAAAUGGAGGAGGGAGAAGACAGACGGGGACGACGUCCAAUGGGAGUACACCUCCCAGGCUCAGGCCGUCUUCAUGAACCCGCCCCCUCUCACCUCAUUGGCUGCCCUUAGAGAAAUGUUCCAGAAAGAGGAUGAUAACAUUGGACAACCCGAAGUGCGCCCGUCACAGAAGAUUGGGUGCUCAGCCAGCGAGGGGGACCUGUGGACGAGGGGGCGAGAGAGAGAAGGGGAUGGAGAGAUGAGGGAGGAUGAGGAAGGAAAAGGAGAUGAAGAGAUGGAGGUGAGAGGAAGAGCGGAUGGAGGAAGAACACUGGAGUCCAGAACCACAGGUGUUCUGUGUGUGUCGUUCGCCGGUUCGGAACAAAAAGGCUUGACUUCCUGGAUGGGAGAAAAUGUGCGGGGUCCUGUGAGAGGUCUUGGGCUGUCCUCUCUGUGCCUGCAGGAAAAGAGAGCUCUGGUCAGUUCGGUCAGCGUGGCGGUGGAGGCGGUGCUGUCCCAGUUCAGCUCCUCCAGGACCCUGGUACAGAAGGCGCUGUCAGGAGACAGUAGUGUGAAUCCGUCUGUGGGUCGCCUGGCGCUGCAGUGCCUCUGCCCCGCCCUGCGCAGCCUUCUGUCCGAUGGCCUCAAGCCCCACCAGAAUGACCUUAUUUCAGGCAGGAGGCCAAAUUCAGCCUGGGGACUGGUCCAGGCCUCCACCAAGUCAGGGGCUGGUACCGCAGCCUUGCACAGCAUUCAGACUCGUGUUGGAGAGCUAACACAGCUGAGACAAAGCAAACACAGGUUCAACGCCUUCCUGCUCGGCCUGCUCAACAACAAGCUGCUGGAUUUCUGGCUCUCUCACCUGCAGUCCUGCAGUGACGUGCUGGAGACAUUUUAUCGGCCCACUUCCUUCAUGCGCCUGUCCUCGACUUCCUGCCAGCCUCUGUUUGAAGAGCUCCUCCUCCUGCUGCAGCCGCUGGGCCUGCUGACCUUUAACCUUGACCUGCUCUUCCAGCACCACCAUCUCGAGCCAGCCAAUCAAAGCCCAAACAUCCCCAGCCCACCCAAUCAAGAUGCAGGGUUCAGGCUCUCACCACGAGGGUCGGCUGCUAAUUGGCUGGGUAGAAGCUACUUUGAGAGCCUGUCAGAGCUUGAUUCUGGGAGCGUGGAACUUGAGGAGACCAAUGUCAGAGCAAGUUCCUGUUCAAUGGCUGAUCCGCUGGCUGGAGGGUUGGGGGAGUUGGCCAAUGGCAGUGUGGCGUCUGUGAAGGUCCCUGUCGGUGUGGGGAAGACAAGCCCUCAGCUUCUGUGGGUGCAGGAGAAGGAGAUAAGGAACAUAGCGCCCCCUAGUGACGGGGAAGCCAGCUUAUCCCAGCAGGCCGGACAGGUCAUCCAGCAGGGAUGGGGGGCUGUGAUGCGCUGGGGGGGCCGGCUGGGCCAGAACCUGACAGAGCUGAGCCCAGGGGUGACCUCCAGACCUCCAGACCACCAGGGCCAGGCUCAGCAGACUGACCCCAGUGGGAGUGAGCGUCCUCGGGAAGACGGUGCUGCUGCUGUCCCCUGGAGCUUUGGGAGACUGUUUGGAGCCUCUAAAGACUCCAUGACACCCACCCCGCCCAGCAGACGUCCCUCUCAGUGGCUGGCUCCUGGUGUGACUGUCUUGACCCGCAUGGUCAGCAGCAGUUCCACCCCCACACUCAAGAGGGCGCUGGAGCCCGAGGCCAAGUGCCAGAUAGAGAUGGAGAGCCAGAGGGAGGGGGACACUGAGGAGGACAUGGACAAGCCACGCCCCCUCAGGUCGGUCAGGACACUGUGCGAUCACUCCGGCACAGGGGCGGAGCUUAGCUUCCAGAAGGGGGAGGAGCUAGUCAUCUUGGGUGGCGUCGACCACGACUGGAUUCGCUGCCGUCAAGGAGAAAAGGAAGGCCUUGUGCCCAUUGGCUACACCUCCUUAAUCAUGUGACUUCAGUUGCCGGAUUGCUGCUGAUAUAAGAAUUUAAGAACAAAAACAAAAAAAACACAAAAAAGAUUAACAAUGAGAGGUUGUGUUCAGGUAAUAAUACUCUGGAAGAGAUAGUUCACACUUAAAUCAAGAUGGUCUGAAAUGUAGGUACAUAGCUUACAACACCAUCUGCUGUAUUCAGUUCACCGUGUGAGUAAACAGCAGCGCUAACCCACACGUGAACAUGAGUGGGUCCACUUCAGGUACAACAGAUGGUGUGCAAUAACAACUCAAAUCUAUAACACUUCUCAUCUUUGAUUUCGGGGUGAUUUAUCUCUUGUUCCUUGUUUCUCCAUCCUCUCUCCUCGGUGACCAAAGAUCUGGCAGCAUCUGGAUGAGUCUGAGCCGGAUGAGAUCUGUGCUUAAUUCAGCUCAUCCACGCGCUCUCAGAUCUGUGGUCACUCUGAGGCGUGGCGGCCUGCUGGUCACUUGUUUCCCUGCUGCGUCGUCGUAGAGACGGGGCUCAGACCAGCCGGCCGCCCAGUGAAGGAAGCCGUGUUAGAUUAUUGGCCCGUAGUUCCUGUUGCGUAGAGAUGUAACUUAGUGACCCGUAGCUGUGUUCUGUGACCUCUCUGACCACCCCGAUAUCCCUCCCCUGUGGCCUGGUUUGUGUGUUGACAUGUUUCUGCAACUCUUAAGCGUUAAAUGAUAACUAUUUGACUG